AUGUCAGAGUUUUUGCCACUCUGCGAUUUACUAUUCAAUGUCGUCUCGCUGGCUGCAUACUUCUGCGACUGCGUCUUCGACCUGCUGAUGGUCUACUCGCUGUACGACAAGGGCCUCUACUCCACAUGCGUGCACUGCUUGCUGGCGAUUGUCACCACCAGUCUGAUAAUCCAGUCAUUAUCACUAUACUGGUACAACCUUAAACUCAAACAAAAACUACAAGACGAAGAACAAGACGGUGCCAAACAAGUGGAACGUCGCGCACCGGAUGACAAACAAAAAUGGCGCACAGCCGCCAUUUGCGUGCUGCACAUCUUUCAACUUGGGGUUGUGUGGCGGUAUGCCAAACUCCUUGCACCUGUAAAACUCAAAAAUGUUAAGGAAGAAGUGCGUGAUUUAUGCAUUCUACGGCUAAUACAUGCGUUUCUCCAAGCGGCGCCCAUGUUACUUCUUCAGCUGUCAUUGUUAACCAAACAUGAGUCGCCUCCAACGGAUUUGGUGACUGUGUCAGCAUCGCUGUCACUGUUUACAAUAUGUUGGGCAUUGGCUUCUUUCAGUAAACAUGUUCAGAAGGUGGAGAAAUUAGUCUUGACAUGGCUGGGAGUCCUUUCACAGUUACUGUGGCGAGGUGGGACUGUGACAGCCCGUGCGAUGGCGCUGUCUGUCUAUGCUGCAUCUUACCACUCUUGGAUUUUCCUUGUGAUUGGUUUACACUGGGCAUGUAUGUUUCUGUGGUUGGUUUCACCACGAAGCGCUUUUUAUGGCGAGAAGGGCAAGAAAUUAGGGAUAUGCUUCUUAAUGGCUGGGAUUUACGUCCUGGCUUAUAUCAAUCUGCAUGACAAACCUCACACUCGUACAAUGAUGAUAUUCUACGGUAUUAUGUUGUUUGAGAACUUGAUGUUAGUCACUGCGUGGUUAGCUGCAAUCUGGGCGAUUCGUCCUCCCAAUUGGAUGUUGAUCCCGACACUAAGCGUGGUAUUAUUCAUGUGUGGAUUGUUUUUCAUGUUGGUAUACUACCGCUUUUUUCACAUCAAGCGUAUCUUGGAGAAACCAACGCAACCUCAAGGAGUCUUCAAUUGUCGCUUUGUGGGACCUACAGCUGCAUUAUACAACAAUCGCAAGAAGAAAAAGCCGACUAGUUUUGUCCCGCCGCCGGGUCUUGCUCCUAUGACCUUCUGGCGUCGUCCUUUACCGUCCAGCAGUGAGAAUGAAGGUUCUAGUGUUGGGUCACGUGUUAAUAUACAUCAAAAACUGCAAGAAAAGAAACAAAAACAACUCGCUGAGUUAAAAAUCAUCGAAGAAGAAAUAAAACAAGGCAAACUUGUGGGUCCCGAAGGUGGUGAUCCGGAUGAUAGGCAACCAAUUCCAUGCACGAAGCGCCAUCUUGAACCGCAAUUGCUCAGCUUAGCUUCGUUGAAUAAUCUGGCGAGUUACGGGGUGAAUUUAAAUCGACGUCCGGCACCAAGGGCGCCAAGAAGUCGCACACCUGAAUUACUGCUUGCGCCAAGAUAUCUGUACUGCGAUUGUCCCAUGCCGGAAGCGGAAGUUGAACAGAAUAAUAGCGAUAUUGAAAGUCAGCUGAGUCUGCCGCGGUCGUACACACUGCCGAGGGAGUUUAAGUAUUAUCGUCGUGGGAAAACUCGUCGCCCGGUGCGACAAGUUGCUUCUACUAAUAGUUCAGAUGGGGAUGUGGAUUCAGCGGAGGACGAGGAGGAUUUCAAUGUACCUCCGGUGCUGGUGCGCCCAUUGCGGCGACCGCAGUAUCGGCACGAAACUAAACUAUAAUUUAUUUAUUUUUGAUAGUUUGAUUUAUGUUUUACCUGCGGCUACUCGAAAUCACGUUAUUAAGCCAUUAUUAUCUGUGUACAUAUGUUUAGAGUCGCGAUGGAAGAGAGAUGAAUUGUAUAUACAGUUUAUAUCUGCAGUAGCUAUGAUUUAGUUAAGUAAUGAUAAUGAUAUUUUUAUAUGUAAAAAUUAUAAAUAUAAUUUUAUAUGACCAACCAA